AGAUGCUGUUGGUUUUAUUGUUCAGCCUGUUCUCUGUCGGAUUCGGUAUGCGCGUGAUGCGUCGUGAACUGCUCAAAGAUCAACCGACGGUACUUCUUCUGGGUCCCCUGGAGGUUCUCACUUCCUCCUCCUCCGAAGACGACACUCCCGAUUUCCCAUCACUCCGCGAUAAACGAGGCGUCGAUCCGAUGAGCAUUCCGCGGCUCAUCAAAGAACCGCCGUUGAAGAAGCGGAGCGGGGAUUUUAAACGAGGUGACGUCGUCUAUCCGUCGGCUGCCAAACAGACGGUUCCGCUGGUUCGUGUGAGGGAGCCACCUCUUAAGAGGGGACAAAUGUUCCUUGAAGAGCUACUCCAGUUCAAUGAUGACGCCCACAGACAAUUUAUGGAUCCACUGAGAAGGAUACGAUAUGGCCCAAACCGACUAAUUUACACGUGGUAGAACAUCUACAGAGAGCAUCAUCAUCAAUUUUUUGGUCGAACUGAAAUCCAUCAACAGUUGAAAUACUCUGAAAAACACAACAACAAUUUCAAAAGGAAACCUUAAUUUUUUUGUGCACAUAUUUGGGUACGACACUUUCCGUUUUUUUUCUCUAUAUUAUUUGCCCUUUCCCAUUCCCCAGACCAUUCCUCAGAACCCCCUUUUCCCCUUCCAUUUCUUUGUCGAGAACAAUAAACACGUGGCAGAGUU